GAAGCGAGAAAAAAAUCUUCAAAAUUCUUAUCCAAGUUCAAAUAAUACAUUUACUCAAACAAGGCAUAGAAAGAAAGAAAAAAAUCUUCAAAAUUCUUUUCCAAUUUCAAAUAGUAUAUCUAAUAAUAUUUUGAAUAAUCAAAUAAAUAUUGAAAGUAUGGAGGAUAUUGAGGAAAAUAUUGAACAAAAUUUAGAAAGUGAGAAAUUGGAGAAGGAUGAAUUGGAAGAGAAUGAAUUGGAAGAGAAUGAAUUGAAAGAUGAAUUGGAAGAGAAUGAAUUAGAAAAUGAAUUAGAAGAGAAUGAAUUGGAGGAUGAAUUGGAGGAUGGAUUGGAGGAUAAAUUGGAGGAGGAUGAAUUGGAGAAUAAAUUGGAGGAUGAUAAAUUGGAAGAGAAUGAAUUGGAGGAUGAAUUGGAAGAGGAUAAAUUGGAAGAGAAUGAAUUAGAAAAUAAAUUGGAGGAUGAAUUGGAGAAUAAUGAAUUGGAAGAGAAUGAAUUGGAGGAUGAAUUGAAAGAGGAUGAAUUGGAGAAAGAGGAUGAAUUGGAAGAGG